GCACCUCGUCUCCUCCCCGGUCCCCCUUUGUCCCAUUCCCCCACCAUGCACGGCCCCAUCCUCAUAUUUGAAGACGAUGGAAACAGCACAAGCCCGUAUCCCGACAUUCCCCUCGACAAAAAAUCAUGUCGUCUCAUGGGACCCACAGCUCUGAUCGUGCAGGCCCUCAUGGCCGUCCUCGUCCUCCUCUCCCUCCUCUACAAGCGCAAUCGCGAGUCCCCAAAGCGGCCCUGGCGAAUCUGGCUAUUCGACGUAUCCAAGCAGCUCUUUGGCCAGGCGUUCAUACACGGCGUAAACGUCCUCAUUUCGGACGUCAGCUCACAUGUAUCGGCGGGAAACGCGUGCACCUUCUACUUCCUCAACAUCCUUGUCGAUACCACAUUAGGCGUGGGGCUCAUAUAUGUCUUUCUCCAUGUCUUUGCCUAUGUCCUCAACGAGAAGCUCCAUCUUACUGGCUUCGAGUCCGGCAAGUACGGUGAUCCGCCUUCCUACUCGUUUUGGCUCCGCCAGGCCGCAGUCUACGUCGUUGCUCUCUCCGCGAUGAAGCUGAGCGUCAUUGGCCUCUUCGCCGUGUGGCCCGGUAUCUCCAAGGUCGGCGACUGGUUGCUGAGCUGGACCGAGAUUGGAUCCGGCGAGACGUUCCAGGUCAUCUUUGUCAUGGGCCUCUUCCCGAUCUUGAUGAACAUCCUCCAGUUCUGGCUCAUCGACUCCAUCGUCAAAGCCUCCGCGACGAACCUCACCCUCCCCACGUCCCGCCGCACGAGCGACGAGCGCGACCGCGAGCCGCUCUUCCGCGCGCACUCUGACGAUGACGAUGACGACGACGACCAUGGAUACGACCAUCGUCACGAUCUCGAGGCUCCCCCGCCUGUCUCUGCUUCUACCUCACGCGUCACCUCGCGCGACGAUCUCAAGACCGUCGUCGGCUCCGCAUCCGAUACAAAGUCCAUCCCCAGCGGCCCCACCACCCCGCGCUCCAUCUCCUCCCGCCCUUCCAAGACGGAAGUGUCCGCCGCGGACGCACAGCACGAAUACCCACCCGAGGGCAGCGUCUCGUCGUCGUCUUCGUCGUCGAGGAUAAGUCACCACUCUCCGGCGUCGCGACACCGGUAUAAGCAGGCGCCCCCGCCUGCGCUGGACUUUGAGUGUAUUGCACAUACGCCGGCGGAGAAUGUUGUUACGCCUGCGACGGGUGAUCCGGCGGCGGCGGCGAAGCGGCUGUCUGCGGUGGUGCGGAUGGACGUCGGGCGUCUGUCGCCUGGCUCGGCGGGUGCCGCCGGCGUUUUGAUGGCGCAGGAGGGAUCCAAUGGCCAAGCUGGGAGGGCCGCGCAAGACGACGUGGAUGACUGGGCGAACCGUGUCGGCGAGGACGAGUGGACUGGCCGCCGGAUGGGCGCGCGGAAGGAGGACGUGGAGGAGGCGUGGCGGAGUCCGGCGGUGAAGCGCGUGGGGUCGUGAGGGCGCGGACUUUGAGAACGUUGACGCGGACAUUUCAAGGUGCAUGAUACGGUGCAUAUACCAUUUGCAUAGACUCGAGUUAUGGCUUUCACGCGGGUUUUUAGUGUACGUUAUUUACAUAUUGUUUGACUAAGUACUGUUCC